AUGCUGUAUAAUGAAGAUUAUGAGAAAAAUAUAUCUCACGAUAACUCAGAUGCCUUUAGUCAAUCCAAGAGUAAAAAAGUAAUCAAUAAUGAUAUUGAUGAAGAAUCACUCAGUGAUGCCAGUUCUUAUUCUUCAGGAGCUCUUUCAACAACUCAACUUACAGGAUUUGCCAAAUUCAUCGAUUCAUUUAAACCUAUUAAUUUUGAAGAAGAUGGUAUUGAUACCUCGAAAAUGUCAGCUAUUGAGAAAUCAGUCAUUGCAAAUUCAAGACAUCCAUUAGCUAGAAGAUUAAAAUCAAGACAUUUACAAAUGAUUGCCAUUGGUGGAUCUAUUGGUACUGGUUUGUUUGUGGGUAGUUCAUAUGCUUUAUCAUUAGGUGGUCCAGCAGGUAUGUUGAUUGGUUAUGUAUUAGUGGGUUAUUCAAUGUUAUGUGUGAUUUUCUCUCUUGGUGAAUUGUCCGUACAAUUCCCUGUUUCUGGUUCGUUUAAUGCUUUCUUUACUAGAUUUGUUGAUGAUAGUUGGGGUUGGACUUUAGGUCUUUUAUAUGCUUGUUCUUGGUUGAUUUCAUUUCCUUCAGAAUUAGUGGCAUGUGCUUUAACUAUUGAAUAUUGGAAUGAAACAGUUAAUCCAGCCGUUUGGGUAGCUAUAUUUUAUGUGAUUAUUAUAUCGAUUAAUUUCUUUGGAGUUAAAGGAUAUGGUGAAGUUGAAUAUGUAUUAUCAUUUAUUAAAGUUUUAGCGGUGGUUGGAUUCUCUAUACUUGGUAUUUGUAUCAUUAGUGGAGUUGGAGAACAAGGUUAUAUUGGAGGUAGAUACUGGCAUAAUCCUGGAGCUUUUAAUCAUGGAUUUAAAGGUGUUUGUUCAGUAUUUAUAAGUGCAGCAUUUUCAUUUGGUGGUAUUGAAUUAGUAGCAUUAGCAGCUGCUGAAACUCAAAAUCCAAGAAAAUCAUUACCAAAAGCUACUAAACAAGUGUUUUGGAGAAUUACUUUAUUUUAUGUAGUAACUGCCAUUAUUAUUGGUUGUUUGGUACCUUAUAAUGAUCCAAGAUUAUUAGAUGGUUCAUCAUCCGAAGAUAUUACCUCAUCACCAUUUGUUAUUGCUAUUCAAAAUGGUGGUAUUAAAGUAUUACCCCAUAUCAUGAAUUCUGUUAUUUUAGUAGCUGUUGUUUCUGUGGGUAAUUCAUCUGUUUAUGGUUGUUCAAGAACUUUAGCUUCUUUGGCUGCCCAAGGAUUAAUUCCCUCAAUCUUUGGAUUUAUUGAUAAAGCAGGAAGACCAAUGGUUGCUAUUAUGUUUACCAAUUUGAUUGGAUUGUUAGGAUUUUUAGUAUCAAACAAUAAUCAAGAUACUGUAUUCACGUGGUUCUUUUCAGUCUGUUCAUUAUCAUCAUUUUUCACUUGGAUGGCUAUUUGUUUUACUCAUUUAAGAUGGAGAUGGGCAUUGCAUGCUCAAGGUAGAUCCUUAGAUGAAGUAGCAUUUGUAUCACCAAUGGGAACUUUUGGAUCAUAUACUGGAGCAAUAAUUUUAUUUUUAAUUGUGAUUGGAGAAAUUUGGGUUUCAAUUUGGCCUAUUGGAGAUGGAGUUUCAGCUGAAACUUUCUGGCAAAAUUGUUUAUCGUUACCAUUAUUAAUCUUAAUGAUAAUUGGUCAUAAGACUUAUCGUAAAUCAUGGAGAAGAAUCAUGAUUAAAUUAGAAGAUAUUGAUUUAGAUACAGGUAGAAGAGAUGUUGAUCUUGAAUUAUUAAAGCAAGAAAUUGCUGAAGAGAAGCAAUUUCUUAAAUCUAAACCAUUUUAUUAUAGAUUUUAUAGAUUCUGGUGUUAG